ACAGAGCAGUCGGAUCGCUUGGAGGAGCAGGAGAAGGAGGACGUUCCGCUCCUCAGACCGGACGCGCACACACACACACACAGUUACCCGGCAGGAUGGAGUCCUAUAGACUCAGCGGCUCCUCAGACGUCCAGAUGCAGAGGGGCUACGGGCUGCAGCACGGCCCCAGAGCCGGCAGCCAGGAGAACCUGUUCGGAGUGAGGGUGCAGGUCCAGGGCAUCAAAGGUCAGCCCUACGUGGUUCUGAACACAGCCGGUCAGGAGAGCCACAAGGAUGUAUCGGUCAUCACUCACCAGGCGGGUUACAACCCAGGCACGGUGAGGAGGUCUGCGGAUGGGACGCAGAGGAGGCCAAACUCCUCUGGGAAUAAUUACCAGAGUCACUCUGAGACGCUGAGGCCGUACGAGGCAGAAAAUAACAACUAUAACCACUCCGGAUCUCGCCACGCCGGGACGGCGCAGACCGCCAAACCCAGGAUCCCUCUGCCCGCCGAGGGCCCCGCCGACGAGCCGGCUGACCUCAACCGCAACCACGUGUCGGAGGGUCACAGUGCUCCGCCGUCGCCAAGCUCGGUGGACACCGACUCCAUCGUGUCUGUCGGCCGGCUGAUAAGCCAGUUCAACAGCAGCCUGCAGAGGGGGAGAGGUCCGAGAAACAGGCUGGACCCGGAGGCCUGCCGACGGUCCCGCAGCGUAGACAGCAGCCGGACCUCGAGCUCCUCCUCAUCAUCAUCUUUAUCCAGCAGAGCUUCUUCUCUGAAGGGCGCCGGAGGAGACGCCCCAGCUGGGAUCUAUCCCCCUGGGUCGGCCAGGGCUCGGCUCCUCGGCGGAGAGUGCGCUCGGACAAGCAGGGGGGAGGAGAGCCGGCUCAGCAAAGAGACGGCGGCGCCUCCUCACAGAGCAGAGAGACCCCCGUUCUCCAGGCCGGCCGCGCAUCAAGCUGCUGAAUCUGAAGAAAGAGACGCCCAGGUUACUCCUGAUCUUCUGAAAGGGCAGCAAGAGCUCUCAGCAGAUCCACCGGAGGAAGCAACAAAGCAGAUACUCUUCACUUGUCUGAAGAACGGGACCACAGAUGAUGACCCCACAACCCAAAGAAAAGUCAAACUGCUGCUCGACAACAUCAGCAAGCUCAAGUGGAAGACUGUGGAGAGCGUGGAGGAGGAGGAGAAAGCCACUGCCACAGGAAUAAAAGCGCUGCAGGAGAAACAGGCGGCGCUGGAGAAGGAAGUGUCUCAUCUGAAGCAAAAACUGGACAUCGAGAUUAAGAAUGAAAUGACUUUAGCCAAGGCAUUUGAGAAAGCGAGGAGUGAAAAGAAGGAUCUCCAGGAGGAGUUGAACAAAAGUCAGACGGAGCUCCGCAAACUUCGAGAGAAACUGGCAGAAAUUGAGGAAGAACUUCGGUCCACCAAGCAGGAGCUGACUCAGAUGAGGACGGAGAGGGAAAGGUCCAAGGUGGAGAUGAAAGACCUCCAGCAACAGCUCUCUGAGAUGCACGACGAGCUGGACCGAGCCAAGAAGGUGGACGUGAUCAACACAGAGAAGGAGGUUCUUCUCCAGGAUUUGGCGCAGCUGCGUGUGGACUUUCAGGAGAUGCUACAAGCCAAAGAGGAGCAGGAGGAGGUGCUGCACCACAGGGAAAGGGAGCUUAGUGCCCUAAAGGGGGCGCUUAAAGAGGAGGUGGAGACUCAUGAUAAAUACAUCGCUGCUUUGAAGGAAGAAUACGAACUGGAGCUCGAGAAGCUUUUAAGUGAUUUGGAGCUGGCCAAGGAGAGUAACACUUACUUGGGUCAAGAGAAGGCCCAGGUGGAAGAGGAGAGAGGUGCAGCUAAGGUGCAGCUGAGGGAGCUGAUCCAGGAAAGAGAUAACCUGAAAGGAAAGGUGCGAGAGCUCAGCAACAAGGUGGAGCAACUGAACCAGGCCGUCCAGGAGUUCAAAACCUCCGAGAAAAUGAUGGAGCAGAGAACGAAGCAGCUGGAGAGGGAAAAGAACCAGGUGGAGGAAAUGCUGGAGGAUGUGAGGAGGAGCGAGGAGGAGCUGUGCCAGUCCAACCAGUCUUUGCUCUCCCGCUUGGAGGAUGUGCAGGGUAAGCUGAGCAAACUCAACCAUGAGCACAAGGAUCUGAAGGAAAAGCUUAAAGAAGAGAGGAAACAGGUUGAGGAGCUUUGGAAAAUCAAAGCAGAGCUGGAGGACGAGAAGAGGAUGCAGGACCGGGCGAUGGAGCAGCUGCAGAGAAAGAUGAACGCCAUCAUGGAGGAGUGUGAGGCGUCCACAGAUGUGCUUCAGAACCAGGUCGACGAGGCUAGAGAGAGGAGUCAGAGGGAGCUGACCGAGCUGCGCAGGCAGCUGCAGGAAAAGGGAGCAGAGCUGGAGAAAUCCCGACAGGCGGCCAAAAAGCUGCAGGAAGAGCUGCUUCCCCUGGAGGAGGAUCUGCGGCGGUGUCGCAGGGAGCAGCAGGAGGCCCAGCUGAGAGGCCGGCAGCUGGAGCAGAGGGUGGAGGAGCUGGAGGAGAGGAACGCAGCCGUGCUGGAGGAGCGGGAGCGCCAGAUCAAACUCAUGGAGGAGCGAACCAGACGGCUGGAGGAAGACCUUGGCGAUGAGCGCAACAGUUCAGAUCGCCUGAUGGAGCGAUUAGACAAAACCAAAGAGCAGAUGGAUCAGAUGAGGAAUGAGCUGUUGCAGGAACGAGCGGCCAGGCAGGACGUGGAGUGUGACAAGACGAGCCUGGAGAGACAGAACAAAGACCUGAAGAGCAGAGUUGCUCAUCUGGAAGGAUCCCAGAGAACAAACCAGGAUUCACUCGUCUCCAAACUGAACAGCCGAAUACAAGAGCUGGAGGAGCGGCUCCAGGGAGAGGAGAGGGAAAACAACAGCCUGCAACAGGUGAACCGCAAACUGGAACGCAAAGUGAAGGAGAUGAAAAUACAGGCGGACGAGGAGCACAUCAACCUGCAGACCCAGAUGGACCAGCUGACCCAAAGGUUGAAGACAGCAAAGAGGCAGAUGGAUGAGGCGGAGGAGGAGAUUGAGCGCUUGGAGCACAGCAAAAAGAAGCUGCAGAGAGAAGUGGACGACCAGAUGGAGGCCAACGAGCAGCUUCAUGGUCAGCUGAAUACUCUGCGAAAUGAGAUGAGACGUAAGAAGAAGUCCCCUCCCUUCAUGAAGCUGGUGGAGGAAGAUCUGAACGACACGGACGGUUUCGCUUCGGAUUGAUGGACUUAUGUGAUUUAAAAAAAAAUGUUCUGGACUUUAUGAAGAAAUGUUUUUACUGUGAAGAGAUGUUAACACAACAUAAUACAUUUAACAGCUCAGGUGUGAAUUUUUCUAAUUGGAUCCACAGCUAUUGGCGGUUUGUCAGUGCUGACCUCUUGUGGUAAUAUUUAUAACCGCAUUUACUGAAUUCAUGUGGAUUGCAUUUUUAGUUUAUGCUUCGUUUUCCCGUCAGCGUGUUACUGGGAAUUAGGUGUUGGCACCAACCUAAUCUGCUAGCAAACUAUUAACCAGAUGAAAAGGGUUUGUUGACAUCGACCCAUGUGUAUGUACCUUGAGAAAUGGUAAACUAAAAUAAAUCUAAAUGCUUUA